UCCUUAGACUUUUUCAUCCUUGGUUAACUAGCUGAGCAAGGUGAGCGUAGCUGUUUGAUUCGUGCUUUUUCAUAACACAGGGUGGCUAUUGCAUUAAAGCUCUCGUGUAAACUUGAGUGGCAUAUCCUGUUCCUUGGAAGGCGGAGUGCGUAGAGUCGUAGGAGGAGAAACCCAAGUUCAUCGUCUCAAUCAACAAAACAGCCACUGUCCCUGAAUCUCUCUCUUUACCGCUCCUGUUUCUAGCUAUAAAUUGGUCACUUCUGUACAUCCUGAGGAGGCAGGUGUCAGUCUGUUGUUGUUUUUUUGAUCUCUGGAAGCAGAGCUGAGCUAUAAUGCCCCGUGGAGAAUACAAACUUGAAUACAAGAAAGAUACCUCUGGGGAUGGUGUUAGUACCAUUUACAGCAACCCAGUAACGCCACAGGCCUCGGACUCUGCAGAUGAAUUUACCACCUACUUUGAUCAGAAAAUACCUAUACCAGAAGAUGAAAAGCACCCAUUGUUCAGUUUUCGAAAACUGUGGGCCUUCACUGGGCCUGGUUUCCUAAUGAGCAUUGCCUACCUGGAUCCAGGUAACAUUGAAUCAGAUCUACAGUCUGGGGCAGUUGCAGGAUUUAAGCUACUCUGGGUUCUCUUGUUGGCUACUGUCAUUGGUUUGCUCUUACAACGUCUGGCGGCAAGGCUGGGAGUGGUAACAGGACUUCAUCUGGCAGAAGUAUGCAAUCGACAGUAUCCCAAGGUUCCUCGACUUAUCUUGUGGGUGAUGGUCGAGCUGGCUAUCAUUGGAUCGGAUAUGCAAGAAGUCAUUGGCUCAGCAAUUGCCAUUAACCUCUUAUCCGUUGGGAAAAUCCCUUUGUGGGGUGGAGUGCUCAUAACAAUAGCUGAUACCUUUGUGUUUCUCUUCCUGGACAAGUAUGGUUUGAGGAAACUGGAAGCAUUGUUUGGCUUCCUCAUUACUAUCAUGGCUGUCACGUUUGGAUAUGAGUAUAUAACUGUAAAACCAGACCAAGGGCAGCUGCUCAAAGGGAUGUUUAUGCCUUAUUGUGAAGGCUGUGGGCCUGCCCAGCUGGAGCAAGCUGUUGGGAUCGUAGGUGCUGUCAUCAUGCCUCAUAACAUGUACCUGCAUUCUGCUUUGGUCAAGUCUCGACAGGUGAAUCGGGCCAAAAAGAAGGAAGUUUCUGAGGCCAACAAGUAUUUCUUCAUUGAAUCCUGUAUAGCCCUCUUUAUCUCCUUCAUCAUCAAUGUCUUUGUUGUCUCAGUCUUUGCCGAAGCUUUUUAUAAAAAGACGAACCAAGAUGUGCAUGACAUCUGUGCAAACAAAAGCUUUGCCCAAGCUGUGCUGUUUCAAGCAGAUAAUAGCACCCUGGAAGUGGAUAUCUACAAAGGGGGAGUAAUUCUAGGUUGUUACUUUGGCCCUGCUGCUCUCUACAUCUGGGCUAUUGGCAUUCUUGCUGCAGGACAGAGCUCAACAAUGACAGGAACUUACUCUGGACAGUUUGUUAUGGAGGGAUUCCUUAAUCUGAAGUGGUCGCGGUUUGCUCGUGUGGUUCUAACCCGCUCCAUUGCCAUCACUCCAACUCUUCUGGUUGCCAUUUUCAAAGAUGUGGAACACUUGACCGGCAUGAAUGACUUCCUCAAUGUCCUCAUGAGUUUACAGCUACCCUUUGCUUUAAUCCCAGUGCUCACGUUCACAAGUCUGCGUCCAGUGAUGAAUGACUUUGCCAAUGGCCUGGGCUGGAAAAUCGCUGGGGGAAUUCUCAUUGUGAUCAUCUGCAGCAUUAACAUGUACUUUGUGGUGAUCUAUGUGACUGCCCUAGGACAAACAGUGUUGUAUGUAUGUGCUUCAAUUAUCAGCAUUCUCUACUUGGCCUUCGUGGCAUAUCUGAGUUGGCAGUGCUUAAUUGCUCUCGGAGUUCCCUUCCUGGCUUGUGGGCAUACGUAUCAUCUGGGACUUACUUCUCAGCCUGAACUCUUUCUUCUGAACAAUGUUGAUGCUGUCUCAAUCACGAAUAGAUGAAAUCCCGUCAACCUCUCGUAACUUAUUUGAAGCCCCCCUCUAUGCUGCACAAAACCAAAUUUUGAUUGGUUCCGAAAUGAGCAGGUACAAGUCAAGAACUGCCAGUGGAGACAGAGCUUCCCCUUGAAAGAAGAAGCAGGAAGGAGAGUCAAAUUAUGAAGAGUUAUCUGUUACACUGGGAAACAGACCUCUUUAGAGGUUGUGCAUGAGAUCAACUAUGAAGCCUAUUAAAGGACUAUUGACAAAGGUAAAGCAUUAAGUGAGAAAAAUGGUUCUGAUUGACAGACACCGGCAAAAUGCAGGAGGUAACAAAAAGGUGAAGAGCUAUGAAUGAAAUUAGGGUGCUGAACUUGAUAUUUCUUUUUCUUUUUUGCACAUCUCAGUUCACUAAGUUAUGAGGCUGGAAGACAAUUACACUGGAGAGCGUCGCAAAUAAAGGGAGAGUUUGGUACUCUCUUCCCACUUAGAAAUCCUCACCUCUUCAUGGGUAUAAAUAGGUACAUUUUUGUAAAUAAUAGUUCUAAUAGGGAGCCUCCCACUUGAUGCAAAGGAUCAAUAAUCUGUUUUAGAAGGACUCAACAAUUUUCUGUUACCUUCUGAUUUCUGGAAUAUUGAGAGAUGGUGUUCUAGAAAUUAAGCAAUAUCCUGCAGUUAAUGCAAAAGCACAUUGAAAAUUGAAAAGAACUUUCUGAAACUCUUAAUGGCCAUAAUCCACCAGGGAGAGAAUCUGCAUGAGCCAACAUAUAAGCUCUUAAAAUAAAGAGGAACAAAUAGAAGGUGGAGCAAGAACACACUUCAAGUUCUUUAGGUUUAGACAAAAAAAUUUUUGGUAGAUUUCCCAACUAUGUCCUCCUAUCCUAUUCCAAUAUGUUUCAUCUCCUUUUUCCUUCAUAUGGCAUAUUCCUGCAUGUUGCAUUCAUGAAAGACAUAUGUUCGUUUAAUCCUUUGGUUGCCUGUUUUGUUUCAUUGUUGUGGGGAGGGUUUUUUUUUUUUGUUUCUUUCAUGCAAAUCUAAUUCAUUCUGGAGCUAGAUUAAAGAGCUUCAGCGUGGUUAAACUGCAGAUUCUGCUUAGUGCAAAAUCAUUCUGACUUGUUUUUUUCCCCCAACUGGGCCCCUGAUCCUUCUCUCCAGAAAUGGGUGGAAGUUGUAGGACUAUGGAAUCUAAGGGGAAACCAUGAUAAUCCUACAUUUUUACUAAGGACAAAUAAACCAAGCUGCUGUUGCUUCCUCUUGAGAAAGUUGAUUAAUGAGAAGAAGAUACAGAAAGAUAAAUCCCAAUGAAGUCCGCUGUAGGUCCUCUUUCUUAAUUGCUCGUGGAAAACUUCAGCCUAGUGCUGAUCCCAGAACUGUAGCUGUUCAAUUAGCAAUGUAAGAGCAUGCCAGGUGGGUUAUGGAGGCUUUGGAUUCAUGAGUGUCCUAAUCUUCAAAGACAAUUAUCACCAAGAAAGAAUAGAAAUAACAUAUCCAAUAAUGAUUCUCCCUCGUCCCGAUUUCUUGAAGGUUAGUCAACCUUCUUUUCUGAGCUUGAGUUAAACAUGAAGCCCAACAAGAGUUUGCUCAGAGCUUCUAUAUCCUGAAGACUUUUGCUCUCAUCACUGAGUUUAAUUUGCUCUGCUCUUUCUCGCUUCUGCUAGCAUUGUUCAAGUAAUGCCUGAGGUUCUGGAUAAAAGGGUUUGACACUGUGAUCAUUCAAGUACAUUCAAGCACAUUUUUACAGUUGGGAGAGACAGAACUGGGAGGGAUUUCUUUGAUAAGAGAUCAGGGGUCCCAAACUUGGCAACUUUUAAGAUUUGUGGACUUCAACUCCCAGAAUUUCCCAGCCAGCAUGACUGGCUGAGGAAUUCUGAGAGCUGAAAUCUGCAAGUCUUAAAAGUUACCAAGUUUGGAGACCCCUGACGUAGAUUAUGCACGAUCUGGUUACAUAGUCCACCCUGGUUUCAACUCAGGAAACAAUAUAGUGCUAAACAGAUUACUCAAAAUGCUACCCGAGCGUGCACAGGAUUGCAACCUUGUACUCCCUAAGCUUUGUUAUAAAGCUGGUUCAAUGCAGAAUUAAGAUUGGAGGAAAUCCUUGUGGUACAAGCAGUGUUUCCCAAACUUGACAAUUUUAAGGCAUGAGGACUUCAACUCCCAGAAUUCCACAGCCAGCAACGCUGGCUGUGGAAUUCUGGGAGUUGAAGUCCUCAUGCCUUAAAAUUGUCAAGUUUGGGAAACACUGUGGUACAGUAUCAGUUUUCUCUUUGAGAAGUAGCUUUCUUGCCCUCAUGAGGGUAGCUUUAAAAAAAAAAAAAAUGAAAGCCACGUGUGAUAAAAUAUAUAUUUUCUACUCGAAAUCCCAUCUUUUGCAUUUGAUCUUUCCCUUCCCAUUUCCUUUUCUGUGAUUGCUCGUGUUCUUUUCUAUUUAUAAAGCAGCUUCGAAGUCCAUAGUCCAUUUUAGUUUUCCUGCAGCCCACUUCCAGAAUAAAAAGGCAGGUAGAGUAGGGGAUGGUUUACUCCACAUCAAACAGGUUUCAUAUCUUCUGUCUCACAUCCGAGAUAGAAGAUACAAUGGUAUCUCUCAUUGUAAAAUGCGCGACCCAAUUAUAUAAACUGUUCCAACUUGCAUUGUCUGAUGCUUAAGUUUAUUGCAGGUAGGAAGGCUCCUUUUCUGCUUUUGAUAAUUUGCCUCUCAUUUUACCCAAGUCAUAUAUUCAUGCUGUAAAGAGUUGAUGAUGGUUGUGUAAUGAACCAACUUCUUUAUGUAAACGGGACCUACCCUGCCCUCCCAUCUCAUCCUUUUUAACCAUCAUUGGUGACAUACCUAGAGGGCAGCGUGACCAGGUUUAUUUGUUGGUUUCACAUUCUGGUGUUAAGAUUUAAUUUAAUUUCCAGACCUUUAGGAGAGGAUGCAUUUAGAAGCAAGAAAUGAAAGAGACACACCCAGCAUUGAACUUUGAUGUCUGAAAUUUCCCCCUCGCCCCAAGACCAUUCAAGUUUCCAAUCCUCACAUUCAGAAAUAAAUUGGCAAUAUUGGUAGAAAACAUCAGUGUUCAUAAUUACUACAGUUGCUUUAGUUGGCCAAGAUGCAUCCUAUCUCUGUAUGUUAGAGUUACCUGGAUAGUCUCUUCGAUUUUGGAAAAUCUAAUGUUGACAUAGCUUUAAAACAAAGCUAAGCCAACAAGUGAGAUGUCCUUUGGCAACAGCCUAUGUAUGCAAUUUGGGGGCAGGUGUGUCUUGUGCAGCAAUAAGUUGAGACUGGCUUCUAAGACUGGCUGCAAAGCUGUUGCCAAAAUUUUGCUUUUUGCUUCAGACUGAAGAACAUAUUCCCAUGCUCAAACCAGUGUCCGAGUCUCUUAACUAGACCUGGAUGCACAGGUACAUUUAAUAAUAAUAAUAAUAAUAAUAAUGAUAAAGUUGGAAGGGACCUUGGAGGUCAUCUAGUCCAACCCUCUGCUCAGGCAGGAAACCUUAUACCAUUUGAAGUACACUAGGUUGAUGGUGCUACCAGAAUGAUCAGAUAGCAAUGAAAAUGAUUCAAGGUGCUCUAAGUAUUUGUAGGUCAAUAAAAUACUUGAUUUAUUGCCUUUGGUGUUGAUUGUUUUUAAAAGUUUGAUGUUACAAAAUCUAUUUUUCUCAUUGUUAAUUUUGUUCUGACAUUUGGUACUAAUUUAUUUGAAAUGUUGGGUCAGUCGUUUUUGUUUAUUUAAAUGAAAUUCCAGAUCUUCAAAUAAAUAUCGAAUACCUA